AUGUUGAGCUGGGAGAUCAGCUCUUCCAGCUGCAACCAGGAAACAAACUUGCCAUUAUCCCCCCAAUUAGUGGAGGAUAAUGGUUUACUGCCAUGUGAGAAAAAUAUGGAUGAAGUUGAAGAGAAAUCUAAAGACAUAAUAAAAUGCAGUGCCGAGAAACUUUCAGUAGAUGAAGUCUCACAGUUGGUGAUUUCUCCAGUGUGUGGUGCAGUGUCCUUAUUUGUAGGGACUACAAGAAAUAACUUUGAAGGGAAAAAAGUCGUUAGCUUAGAAUAUGAAGCCUUGGUUCCAGUGUCAGAAGCAAGCAUAAUUAUUUCUGUGUCUUCAGCCCACAGGGUUGCACCUCUAGCAGCUGUGAGUUAUGCCAUUGACACUUUAAAAGCCAAAGUGGCCAUAUAA